ACAGUACAGGGAUGACCAGAGACUGCGGACAGUACAGGGAUGACCAGAGACUGCGGACACAGUACAGGGAUGACCAGAGACUGCAGACACAGUACAGGAGAUGACCAGAGACUGCAGACACAGUACAGGGAUGACCAGAGACUGCAGACACAGUACAGGGAUGACCAGAGACUGCGGACACAGUACAGGGAUGACCAGAGACUGCAGACACAGUACAGGGAUGACAGAGACUGCGGACACAGUACAGGAGAUGACCAGAGACUGCGGACACAGUACAGGAGAUGACCAGAGACUGCAGACACAGUACAGGGAUGACCAGAGACUGCGGACAGUACAGGGAUGACCAGAGACUGCGGACAUAGUACAGGGGAUGACCAGAGACUGCGGACACAGUACAGGGAUGACCAGAGACUGCGGACACAGUACAGG